AUGCGAGAAGGAGAAACACUGAAGGCUUAUUCAGACAGGUACUGGGAAAUGUAUAAUGAGAUAGAGGGAAACUACGACGAUGUCGCCAUUAGUACGUUCAAGAGGGGCUUGCCGACGGAGCAUGGCUUAAGGAAAUCCCUGACUGGGAAACCGGUCACUAGCAUGCGCCAACUCAUGGAUAGAAUUGACAAGUACAAAAGGGUCGAGGAGGACCAGCAGAUGGGGAAGGGUAUAGCGAAGGUUGUCCCUCAAGAAAUGAGAGACUUCAGGUCUGACCGCUUUAACAGUAGUAACAGGCCGAGAAGAGACUACGCGGAACAGUCUGGAUCCACUGGGGCACAGGCAGUCCAUGCUGUGUUCCGAGAACCAUUACACAAGAUCCUAGAGAAGGUGAAGUACGAACCAUUCUUUCAAUGGCCGAGUAGGAUGGCAGGUGACCCCUCAAAACGUAACCAGAAUCUGUAUUGCGCGUACCACCAAGAGCCGGGUCACCUCACUGAUGAUUGUAGGAAUCUGAAAAACCACUUGGACCAGCUAGUCCGAGAGGGGAAGUUGAGACAUUUAUUACAUCACCCUGUGGGAUGGCAGGAACAAUCAAACAACGAAACCAGACAAAACGUAUUGAGGUCGUCCAUUGGCACAAUAAAUGUCAUCCUCGCCGCACCUGGAAGGACCGGAUCCAAUCCUUUCAGAGUAAUAUCAGUGGGCAGGCUCCCGUCUGAAGCCGAUGACAGGGAAUCUAAAAGGGCCAGAGCGAGUCCCACGCCCUUAAUCGGAUUCUCGGAUGAGGACAAACUGGGAACCCUUCAACCCCACGACGACGCCCUAGUCGUCACACUCAGAAUUGGGGGUUAUGACGUCAAGAGGGUGCUAGUUGACCAAGGCAGCGUCGUGGAAAUAAUGUAUCCCGACUUGUAUAAAGGAUUGAACCUGAAGCCAGAGGACCUGUCGGCAUACGACUCCCCUUUGGUCAGUUUUGAAGGAAAAACAGUCACCUCGAAAGGCAUGAUCAGGCUGCCUGUACAAAUAGACUCAAACGUGGUGGAAGUGAACUUCAUUGUGGUAGAUGCAUAUUCCCCCUACACAGCUAUCGUGGCCCGACCAUGGCUUCAUGCACUAGGGGCUGUGCCAUCAACCCUACACCAAAAAGUGAAGUAUCCGUCAGGAGGUCAAGUCAAAGAAAUAAUAGGGAACCAAGCGAUGGCCAGGCAAUGCAUGAUGUCCGCAAUCUCACGACGACCAAAUAGUGAACCUUCCACCUCAGCCGAGAACGGUUUAUAG